AUGGUUGAGGACGCGGUUGAACCGGUUCAGACGGCUCACACUGUACAGCUGCCCCGGGACGCGGAUCUUCUGAGAGAGAAAGACGUGAGUGAACGGGUGGUUAUUAAUGUCUCCGGUCUGCGGUUCGAGACGCAACUAAAGACUCUUGCGCGCUUUCCAAAUACUUUGCUUGGCGACCCGUACAAGCGCAAGCGCUUCCUCGACCCUGUGCGUAACGAGUACUUUUUCGAUCGAAACCGACUAAGCUUCGAUGCCAUCCUGCACUAUUACCAGUCCGGUGGGAGGCUCCGAAGACCUGCCAAUGUACCUGUAGAGGUUUUCGCUGAGGAAAUAAAAUUUUAUGAGUUUGGCGAAAAUGUCAUCGAGACUUUCAUGCAGGAUGAAGGACUGGGCAAGGAGGAGGAGCGCCCGAUGCCCGUCAACGAGUUUCAGAGGCAAGUCUGGCUUCUGUUUGAGUAUCCAGACAGCUCUGGACCUGCCAGAUGCAUCGCCGUAGUUUCCGUGAUGGUCAUCCUGAUCUCCAUAAUCAUCUUCUGUUUGGAGACGUUACCAGAAUUCAGAGAUGGAGAUGAUUUCGGGGGUCAAGCACCAGCAAACGAAACGAGCCAGGAAGGUGAGAAAGUUAAUCCAUUCAUGGAUCCGUUCUUCUUUCUGGAGUCUGUGUGCAUUACGUGGUUUAGCUUCGAACUGCUCGUGAGGUUCGCGGCGUGUCCGAACAAGUCUGCUUUUUGCAAGGACAUGAUGAACACCAUUGAUAUAAUCGCAAUCUUGCCGUACUUUAUAACCCUAGGACUGGAUCUGGCAGAGUACGAGGGGAACGCGUCUCUAGCAGUGCUCCGAGUGGUGCGUCUGGUGCGAGUGUUCCGUAUCUUCAAACUCUCAAGGCACUCAAAAGGUCUACAGAUUUUGGGACGGACCCUGCAUGCAAGCAUGCGCGAACUGGGGCUGCUUAUCUUUUUCCUCUUAAUUGGCAUUAUCCUGUUCUCUAGUGCAGUUUUCUUCGCAGAGGUGGAUGCUCCUGAAACUGGGUUCACCAGCAUCCCAGAGUCUUUUUGGUGGGCAGUGGUUACCAUGACUACAGUAGGAUAUGGGGACAUGAGUCCAGUCACGCUGGGUGGCAAAAUAGUAGGGUCGAUGUGCGCAGUGGCAGGAGUGCUGACUAUCGCCUUACCUGUACCAGUCAUUGUGUCAAACUUUAGCUACUUUUACCACAGAGCGCACAACAAUCAGGACAACAAUAAGUACACGCAUGUCACCUGUGGUCGACCAGAGCCCACCUUUGAGGAAAACAAUAAAGAUGAAUGUAAAAUCUUUUUUCUUACAUCAGAAUACUUAGAGAAUAAUGAUAAUGAUGAGUUUCAUUUGUCCACAUACUGCAAUUUUAAUCCAGGGGAAUACACAGGUAAGCUGACAGACUUGUAA